AGGUUAUAAAAGGCGAGAAAGAGAUUGAGAUAGAUAGAGAAAGAGGAGAAAAAGAACACGGCGGCUGGAGAGGCGAAAAGAGACGGGAGAAGAAAGAGGUGGUGGCAGGAGAGAGGGGGCCGAGCCUUGAGUUUUGGAUAUCGAGAGGGAGGCGUCGAUCUCUUGGCUGGGAAUUCCUUCUUAUUUUUGGAGAUUUCUGGUUUUAUUUGGUUCCCGAGGAACCGAGCUCCAGAUCGAGGGUUGAUUCGUGGGGAUUGGUGAACGGAGCUCGUCGCGGUGCGGAUCAGCUCUGGAUCGCUCGUGCGGCUUGCUUCCUUUGCGUUAAUGGCGGUCCAAUAGCGGUAUCCUUCCGUUUUGUUGCGUUUCAUGAUCUGUUCGUCAAGCGCUACCGACGUUUCAAACGGGGAAAGCUUUUAUUUUGAUGCAUUUUGGAGUGAUCUUUCUGAUUAUUUUAGCUCGUUCAGCGGAAAAUCCGCAACCUAGUUCGAUCUUUUGAGCAGUGAUCGGAGAAGGAGAACACAUAUAUCUGAAGUUUUCGGUUGGUGGAGAAAGUAUUGGAAAGCGAAAGAAGUGUGUAGUUCGGGAUUUCAGACCGUGUCUCUUUGUUUCGAUUUUAAAUCUUUGCGCUGGAGCGUUUAGGGAUUCCGGGAACCAUGUCUUCCUUGAGCAGGGAAUUGGUUUUCCUGAUAUUGCAGUUCCUGGACGAGGAAAAAUUCAAGGAAACCGUUCAUAAGUUGGAACAAGAGUCAGGCUUUUACUUCAAUAUGAAGCAUUUUGAGGAUCUUGUUCAGGCAGGGGAAUGGGACGACGUUGAACGAUAUCUUGGUGGUUUCACCAAGGUUGAAGACAAUCGCUAUUCCAUGAAAAUAUUCUUUGAAAUUAGGAAGCAGAAAUACCUGGAAGCAUUAGAUAGGCAUGACAGGGCAAAGGCUGUUGAGAUACUCGUGAAGGAUCUCAAAGUUUUUGCUUCUUUCAAUGAGGAGCUAUUCAAGGAGAUCACCCAGCUGCUUACCCUGGAGAAUUUUAGGCAAAACGAACAACUAUCUAAGUACGGGGACACUAAAUCAGCCAGAAAUAUAAUGCUAAUGGAACUUAAGAAACUCAUUGAAGCUAAUCCGUUAUUCCGUGAUAAGUUGAAUUUUCCGCCAUUCAAAUCUUCUAGGCUCCGGACAUUAAUCAAUCAAAGUCUUAAUUGGCAGCAUCAACUUUGCAAGAAUCCACGUCCUAAUCCUGAUAUCAAAACACUUUUUACUGACCACUCUUGUGCUGCUUCUGCCAAUGGAGCUCGUGCACCACCACCUACCAACGGACCACUUGUUGGGGCCAUUCCUAAAUCUGGGGGAUUUCCGCCAAUGGGUGCUCAUAGUCCAUUCCAACCAGUUGUCUCUCCACCUGCAAGUGCCAUUGCAGGAUGGAUGACAAAUGCUAACCCACAACUACCACAUGCUGCUGUGGCGCAAGCCCCCCCGGGGCUUGUGCAACCUCCAAAUACAGCUGCUUUUCUGAAACACCCAAGGACUCCUACAAGUGCACCUGGUAUGGAUUACCAAACAGCAGACUCCGAACACUUGAUGAAGAGAAUGCGUAUGGGUCAAUCAGAUGAGGUGUCAUUCUCUAGUGCAACUCAUCCACCGAAUAUUUACUCCCAAGAUGAUAUUCCAAAAAGUGUUGUACGGACACUUAAUCAGGGGUCAAAUGUCAUGAGCUUAGACUUCCACCCUGUGCAUCAAACAAUUCUUCUUGUUGGAACAAAUGUUGGUGAUAUUGGCAUAUGGGAAGUUGGGUCUCGAGAAAGGAUGGUGCAUAGAACUUUUAAGGUCUGGGACAUUGGAACUUGUAUGCCUCUGCAGUCUGCAUUAAUGAAAGAUGCUACCAUAUCUGUUAAUCGAUGCUUAUGGAGUCCUGAUGGAUCAAUAUUUGGUGUUGCUUUCUCAAAGCAUAUUGUUCAAACAUAUGCUUUUAAUGUUAGCGGAGAGUUGAGGCAGCAGUUGGAGAUUGAUGCUCAUGCUGGUGGUGUUAAUGACAUUGCCUUCUCCCAUCCCAACAAGAGUUUGUCAAUAAUCACAUGUGGGGAUGACAAGACAAUUAAAGUAUGGGAUGCAACGACAGGACAGAAGCACUACACAUUUGAGGGCCAUGAAACUCCUGUGUAUUCUGUUUGCCCACACUAUAAGGAGUCUAUCCAGUUUAUCUUUUCCACUGCCAUUGAUGGAAAAAUUAAAGCAUGGCUCUAUGAUUGUUUGGGAUCUAGAGUUGACUAUGAUGCUCCUGGGCGUUGGUGCACAACAAUGGCAUACAGUGCAGACGGAACAAGGCUUUUUUCUUGUGGAACCAGUAAAGAUGGUGAAUCACAUUUAGUUGAGUGGAAUGAGACUGAAGGAGCUAUUAAAAGGACGUACUCUGGCUUUAGAAAACGCUCAUUGGGAGUUGUUCAAUUUGACACAACAAAGAACCGUUUCUUGGCUGCUGGAGACGAAUUCAUGAUCAAGUUUUGGGAUAUGGACAACACUAAUAUACUAACUACAACUGAUGCAGAUGGUGGAUUGCCUGCAAGUCCUCGUCUGAGAUUCAACCGUGAGGGCUCAUUACUUGCAGUUACAACAAGUGACAAUGGUAUUAAAAUCCUAGCUAAUCCUGAUGGACUACGUUUGGUAAGGAUGCUCGAGAGCAGGGCAUUUGAAGGCCCUCGAGGUUCUUCUCAACAGAUCAGUGGUAAUGUAAAGCCCCCAAUUGUCAAUUCACUAGGAGCUGUUUCAAAUGUUUCUAGUCCUAUGGCAGCUGCCAUUGAAGUAACUGAUCGAACCCUACCUGUAGUGUCAAUGAGUAGCCUGGCUGCUAUGGACAAUAACAGGACUCUAGACAUUAAACCAAAGAUUUCAGACGAUUCUGAGAAGAUAAAAAACUGGAAGUUAGCUGAUAUUGUCGAUUCUGCUCAUCUCAAAGCCUUACGAUUGCCAGAUUCUAUGACAACAUCAAGCAAGGUUGUUCGCUUGUUAUAUACAAACUCUGGGCUAGCAGUGUUGGCACUUGGCUCCAAUGCCAUCCAUAAGCUGUGGAAAUGGACACGUAAUGAGCGGAAUCCAUCUGGCAAGUCAACUGCAUCUGUUGCCCCUCAGCUGUGGCAACCAUCAAAUGGUAUUCUAAUGACUAAUGAAACAAGUGACAACAAUCCUGAAGAAGCAACUGCGUGUAUUGCUUUGUCAAAGAAUGACUCUUAUGUUAUGUCUGCAUCUGGCGGAAAGGUUUCUUUAUUUAACAUGAUGACUUUCAAGGUUAUGACGACAUUCAUGGCACCCCCGCCUGCAGCCACUUUCUUGGCAUUCCAUCCUCAAGACAACAAUAUCAUUGCAAUUGGAAUGGAAGAUUCUAGUAUUCAGAUAUAUAAUGUUCGAGUAGAUGAGGUUAAAACCAAGCUGAAGGGUCACCAGAAAAAGAUAACUGGCCUUGCAUUUUCCCAGUCACUAAAUGUUCUUGUCUCUUCAGGAGCUGAUGCCCAGCUCUGCAUGUGGAGCAUCGAUGGAUGGGAGAAGAAAAAAACACGAUUUAUUCAAGCACCGACUUCUCGUGCAGCCCAAUUGGUCGGCGACACCAAAGUUCAAUUUCAUAAUGAUCAAACACAUCUCUUGGUUGUCCAUGAGACCCAACUAGCGAUCUAUGACAGCAAACUUGAAUGUUUGCGCUCGUGGUCACCUAGAGAUGCACUACCAGCAGCAAUUUCAAGUGCAGUAUAUUCUUGUGAUGGUUUACUGGUAUAUGCUGGAUUUUGUGAUGGCGCAGUUGGUGUUUUUGAAGCAGAUGGCCUAAGGCUUCGUUGCCGGAUUGCACCCACUGCCUACAUAAGCUCAUCCAUUUCUAGUUCCGGAGCAGUUUAUCCCAUGGUCAUCGCAGCUCACCCAUCCGAACCAAAUCAGAUAGCACUGGGGAUGACCGAUGGUGCAGUUCAUGUGGUGGAGCCAUCGGAUGCAGACUCAAAAUGGGGGGUAGCCCCUCCUCAGGAAAAUGGAGCUCUCCCGGCCAUUGCUGCCAAUCCUGCAAACAGCAGUCAGGUGUCCGAACCCCCUCCUAGGUGACUCAUGUUGGUUUAGAGCACAAUAGUUGCGUGUACCUAGAAAGCUUGGUAGGAAAAAGGUUCAUCCGACCACAGCCACCCUCCAGGUUCACAGGUUGUCUUUGUUUCUGGUAGCCUGUAGUUCUUGUAAAAUCUCCUCAUCUAUUUGCUACAACAAAAGGGUGGGCUUAGAUGUGAGCUGUAGUACAUAUAGUUGACAUUGGAAACAUGGUAUCUUUUAGUUUUUUCUUCCCUCUA